UAUCUCCCCCUUUCUCACUGUCUCGCUCAUUCCCUCUCUCUUCAGCCAGAGAGAGAGAGGUGAUCGGAGGAUUGGGGGCUCAGUGAACAGAACAAAGCGAUGGAGAGAUGCUCCAUCUCUCCUGUCAAACGACUGAUCACCCUCCGCUGCCUUUUCUUCCUCCUGGUUGCCGUGGUGACGCGACCCUCAACCUGUAACCGUGACGAUGAGGGCGAGGGGCAGGUGGAGGCCCUCUCGGCCCAGCUGUCCGUCCCAGAACAGGUCACACCCACCCCUAUUUGGUCCGUGGACUGGGGCCCCACACUAUCCCUGGAGGACGAGACGCAUCACAUCCUGUCCAGCCAGGAAGCGGAUCUGCACCACCACGGCCAUGAAGUCCCCACGACAACCGCCGAGGCCUGGCCGCAUCAUCAGAGUGCACCGGGCAGUGCUUUGCCCCAGGAGCCCCUGGACCUUCUGGAGGCCCCAGAUGCAGAGGGAGUGGAGGAUGGAGGAAGUGAGCCGGAGGAGAGAGAGCCUGAGGAAGUGGACCCUCAGUUCUACGUCACAGUGACCAUCUCCUCUCUGCUCAUCCUGACUGCUGUCAUCAUAACGGUCAAACUCUGUUAUGACCGCAGCUGUUCCCAGCACCCACCCCCGCUUUCCCGUGGCGUGGCCCCCCCUCUCUCUCUCGCCCUCCCUCGUUCCCUGGCUCUGGAGGACAGCCGGCAGACACUGCACGGCACUCCCUCCUUUACCGACAGGGAGAGGAUUCCCGUGGUGAACCUCUAAGGCGAACGUUUCUGAUUUGAUACACAUUCCUACGGGAUGCGAUGGGAUGCGACGGAGAACACUGCCAGAGGGUGUGGCCCGCCGUGGUCUUCGACUUAUCUUUGACUGUGAAAAUGAAAAUCAGGGACCCAGGUAUCCAGCCAUGGCAAAACCUCUUUUUCCCUCCAUCCCUUCCUCCCGAAGGAGAAAAGCCCGAUCUCAUCCCUUCCUCCCGAGGGAGAAAAGCCCGAUCUCAUCCCUUCCUCCCGAGGGAGAAAAGCCCGAUCUCAUCCCUUCCUCCCGAGGGAGAAAAGCCCGAUCUCAUCCCUUCCUUCCUUCCUGCUGCCAUCCUCCUACGCCUCUUUUCUCCACUUUUCUAUGGAUCUGUGUCACUGUAGACUGACCAAACCUUCUGCUCUGUUUUAUAUUCCAGUUGUCUGUACUGCCCCAGGCUGUAGCAGCAACAUACGUACAGGUCCCUCCGCUUGAUCCGCUUUGACUAAUUCACAAGCAAACAGUGUUAGAUAUCAAUAGAACAUUUUAGUCCCGCCGGUGCCAAAACCGCAUAGCUAUAUGGGGCUGUUUGGAAUAUUUCAUACAGCUAUCUUGUGUAGCUGAACAUUAAACUAUGAUGAAAUAGUGGACUUGGUUAUUGAAACUUAGUUGAAAGUGCAAUAUGUGUGUUAUCUGAAACAUAGGUGUUCAGCUAGCUGGUGAAUGGUUAAAACAAUCCCUGUUUCCUAGGACUGAAGGGGGUAUUUCACAAAGCUGGUAUGGCAAUGUUGUCGCCAGCCGCCAAUGUACUUAACGCGACAUGGUCCAAAAAUCGCUGUUUACUCCCGCUUUGGAAUGCAAAUAGGCCCACUGCAGAUUCCACAUUCCCAAUGUGUUUUCUGGGUGUUUUUUACUCCGUAAACUAUAUUCUUUGUUUGUUCCUUUUAUUUUCUUGCCUCUUUGCCGCCUCUGUUGUGCAUUUGUGAGUGUGUUAUCUUGUCUCUGGAGCAUGGGGAUGGGCAGGGUUUAUAUAUUACUACUCUAUAUAGGGUUGGGAAAUUCUUUCUUUUUCACAAAAUUCCCAGGUUUUCCAGACAUCCCGGUUGGAAGAUUCCUGGAAUUAGGAGGGAAGGAAAUACAGGAAUUUUCCAACUGGGAUUUCUGGAAAACCAUGGAAUUUGGGGGGGGGAAACGUUAUCCUUGUUGUGUAUGAAAAUAGUGGUGCAAACAAUGUACAAUACAUGUUUGCAUAUAUCGCAAUCAGUACAAUCAAACGAUACAUGUGGUACAAUCAAUGUGGUGUCAGGUAAACAUAAUGGGUAUAAAUGAUACAGUCCAGAAGUAAUGAGCCAUUUUACCAUCAUCUGUUGUUUCUGCUCCGACUUCAAAGCUUAAACGAGUGUUUACUGUCGGAUCUUAGGGUAAUGUACCUGUCCAACUCGACCACCAGCUUUGAGAAAUGACCCUCUGGACUUCCACUACACUAGUACACAUAGUGUUGUAACGUCAUAGGUGACUUGUGUCGUUCUGCAUUCUAGUGUUUCCUCGGUUCUCAGUAGCAUUCCUGUAGACGUGUGGCUCCACUGUACGAUGGAACAACAAUAAAAACUCAACACUGGUGUUUUA